AUUUCAGAAAUAUUGGUCCAGAAAUUAAACCAAAAUGCCAUCCAGUUUGACUUAAAGCCUGGGGUUAAAAUCCUUGUCCAUGCUGCUCAUUUAACAGCAGCCCCACUCAUAGAUGUCACGCCUAGCCACAGUGGUUCAGCCAUGCUAAUGCUGCUGUCUGUAGUAUUUGUGGGACUGGCAGUAUUUGUAAUCUACAAAUUCAAAAGGAAGAUUCCGGGCAUUAAUGUUUAUGCACAGAUGCAGAAUGAGAAAGAUCAAGAGAUGGUCAGUCCAGGCAGUCAAAGUGAAAGCAUCCCUAAUGUCCCUCAGAGGGAGCUGAUGACCCCACAGCAACUAGUAGAUGAGAAGUUGGAUACCAGCCCAUAGGAAGUAUUUCCACAGUAGCUGAGACUCAAAGCACAAAAGAAAUUCCUACCUGUAUUAAUGUUUGAAACAAGG